AUGAGUCAAGCAACCACGAACGGUAGCGCUCCGAAAAAGCAGCUCAUUCUGAAUGCUUUUGUAGAGUCAUGUGGGUCGGUCCUGCCGUUUCAAAAGGACUUUCUGACAGCGUUCAGGCNNAGCGGGCAUCAAUCUCCUGGCCUGUGGCGGCAUCCAGACGACCAGUCUACGGGCUUCAAUAAGAUUCAACAUUGGGUCAAGCUCGCUCGACUGCUUGAGAAGGGCAAAUUUCAUGGCAUCUUUAUCGCAGAUGUUCUGGGAGCUUAUGAUGUCUAUAAGGGACCUAAGAAUCCUGAUCCGGCGAUCAUCUCUGGUGCCCAAUGGCCUGUCAACGAACCUCUAGCAACCGUUCCAGCAAUGGCAGCUGCUACAGAAAAUAUUGGCUUUGGUGUCACAGUCGCAACGACCUACGAGCAGGCAANNCCCUAUCAUCUUGCCAGACGUUUGAGCACAGUUGACCACUUAUCUGGUGGUCGCGUCGGAUGGAAUGUUGUAACCGGAUAUCUUGAUUCAGCAGCAAGGAAUCUUGGUCGCACAGAGCAGCCCGAGCACGAUGACCGCUAUGCCAUGGCUGAAGAGUACAUCGAAGUCAUGUAUAAGCUAUGGCAAUCAUCCUGGAGAGACGAUGCUGUCAAGCUGGAUCGCGAAAAGAUCAUCUACACUGACCCAGCUCUGGUCAGGACGAUUGACCACGUUGGCAAAUAUUACAAUGUCCCUGGACCUCACAUCUGCCAGCCUUCUCCUCAAAGGACACCGGUCAUACUUCAGGCGGGCACCUCCAAAGCUGGUAAAGAGUUUGGAGCGAAGAACGCAGAAGCUAUCUUUGUCGCCGGCCACAACCCAUCUGUCGUCGCGAAAAACAUCUCUGAGAUUCGAGCUUUGGCAAAGGAGAAAUUCGGUCGCGAUCCCAAGAGCAUCAAAUUUCUCGCCUUACUCUGCCCCAUUAUUGGCAAAACUCAAGAGGAAGCAGAGGCAAAGUACAAAGAGUACCUUAGCUAUGGUUCUGAAGACGGUGCUUCUGCUCUUUUCGGAGGCUGGACUGGCAUCGAUCUUGCACAAUAUGGCGAUGAUGAAGAGCUUCGCCACGUACAGUCCAAUGCUGUCAGGUCAGCUGUGGAGGGAUGGUCAAAGGCAACACCAGGUGUUGCCAAGUGGACGAAACAUACUGUCGCUGACCACAUUAAGGUCGGUGGUCUAGGAGCGACUGUAGUCGGCACUCCAGAAUUUGUCGCGGAUGAACUAGAACGAUGGGUUCGCGAAGCAGACGUUGAUGGCUUCAACAUUGCGUACCAUGUGUACCCAAGGACUUUUGAGGAGGUGAUUGAGCACUUACUUCCUGUCCUCCGGGAGCGAGGGUUAUUCUGGGAAGACUAUGCUGUACCUGGUGGCACCUAUAGAGAGAAUUUGUACGGCAAGGAAGGAUUGGCUCGUCCGCCUCAGGACCACCCGGCAGCAGCUUUCCACUGGAGAGCAGAUUGA